UCUUUUCCUUCUUGUACUCUUUCUUUGUUCAACCACAAGAGAUAGAGAACUAUAGCAAUGAGCGACAACCAAGAGAAAGAGCAACAACUCCAUGUCGAGAACCAAGCUCCUGAAGAAGUUGUUGAGGAGGCAUACGAGUUAACUGUCAAGUUGCCCGGUACUGCAGGCGAAAUCAAGAUUAUUACAAGUCCUCGCGAAGCUAUUCAAGACAUAAAGCAAUCCAUUAUGGAAUCCCCUGAUACUUGUGCUCAUUCUUGCUUCUAUUUAGCUUACAAGGGAAAGAGAAUCAAUGACUUUAUGGAAUUGGGUGAAGUAGAAGGCAUUACACCUGAAAGUGAACUUGAGUUGAUUGAAGACAAUUACAAUGAACGUGAUGUUAGACUCCACAUUACUCGUCUUCGCGAUUUGUUGGCUGGUCCUUACAAGCCUAGUCCUUCCACAGUGGGGAUUGAUCCUGCUAUCUCUUUCUUGACAGCUGUUACAGGUGUAAUUGAUGAAGAGGUCAAUACUGAAGCUGAUAAAAAGAUGGACGAUUUGUUCUCUGAUGAGCCUGUGCCAGAGCACGUCUUCACUAACGUUAAUAUUGAAGAGCGCUCUAAGCUCUCCAAGUUGACACCAAGCAACUUUCAACGUGUUGCACCUGAAUGUAUUAAGAGUUUGACACUUUCCGGAUGGAACCCCGUGCCUCAUGGACAAAAGCUCAAGGGUGAUCUGUUGUAUUUGGCUGUCACCACUUUGGAAGGUGAGACUGUCCACAUUACUGCUUCUACUAAGGGCUUCUUUAUCAACAACUCCUCCAACACUAAAUUUGAUCCUUCACUUAACUAUUCCAAACGUGCUUCUGCUCACUCGCUCAUCACUCUUUUGCAAAAGACUUCUCCUUUGUUUGCUGCCAAGUUUAGCGAAUUGCAAGACUUUAUUACUCGCCAUCACAUGCUUGAAGUUCUUCCUGUCAACACUUACUAUCCCAAUCAUCCUUGGGCUGUUGAUACUCCUCAACAUCUUUAUGACCCUUCCAGACCCUGUGAACCUUUCUUGGUUGCUGGCUCUGAUGCAGUUGAGUCUUUGCGUGAUUGGAACGACGAACUUCAAUCUCAUCGUGAAUUGCCCAAGUCUGUACUUCAGGAGCGUGUUUUGCGUGAGCGUUUGAUCACUAAAGUUCAAGCUGAAUUCACUGAAGCAGCUGUCCGUGGCGCCAUGGCUGUUGUCAAUGGCUCCGUUGUUCCUUUAAACCCUCUUGAAGAAGAAGAGUCACACAUGUAUGUUUACAACAACAUCUUUUUCAGUAAGGGUAACGAUGGUCGUGGUAUUUUUGAAGAGCUCGGUGCCAACGAAGCUGCUCAUGUAGCUACCGGUAAAGAUCUGGAAGGUGUCAAGAUCUUAAACAGCAUUGAUUCCGAUGGAUUGUACACUUUAGCCAGUGUCAUUGUUGAUUAUAAGGGUGCUCGUAUUGUUGCACAAAGCAUUGUUCCUGGCAUUUUCCGUCGUCAAGAUGAAAACACUAUCAUCUAUGGUUCUGUUGAUAAUGGCGUCAAGAUUUCUGCUGAUGAAAAGUUCCACGAAUCCAUCGGUAAAGAUGUUGCUAAGUCUCUUCACUUGGCUGAACAUGCUGUGAUUGAUCAAGAAAACACUGAAUUUAAGCUUUUCGCUUCUCAAGAGACCAAGGGCUUGCUUGGUGCUGAUGGUCGUCGCUACAUGUUGGAUCUCUAUAGAUUGAACCCAGUCGAUAUUGAGUUCCAAGAAAGCGAAUGUGUAGAAAAGGAUGGCAAGCCUGCUUAUCCUCACAAAAUGACAUUGUUAAGGCCUGAAUUAAUGAGCUUGUUCUGGGAACACAAGUUCAGACAAUGGGUCAAGGUCAAAACUGAAGAAAUUAAGAAAGAGAGAAACGAUGCUAAACCUGCUGCUGUCGAAGAAGCUAAAGCUGAACAAGAAGCCAAGGCUGAAGAAGCCAAGCUCGAAGAAACCAAUGUCGGAGAAAUGGAAAAGGCCCAAGAAGAAGAGGAUGAUAUUAAGAUUGAUGUCAAUGAAUUCAAGCUUACCUUCAAUCCUGAUGUUUUUACUACUGCUAAGCUUCCUCAAACUGAGCAAACUAAGCAAGAAGAAGAAACUAUCCGUGAAGCCUCUAAAUUUUUAUCCAAUGAGGUCAUUCCUAGCCUUGUUCUUGACUUUGCCUCGUAUGCUAUUUCACCUCUUGAUGGUGAUGCCCUUACUAGAGCUAUGCAUCGUCGUGGUAUCAACAUGCGUUAUCUUGGUAAGCUUGCUGAGCUCAUUUCCCUCAGCAAGGAUAAGCGCAUUGAACAUGUCCGCAAGCUUGCUAUUCAAGAAAUGAUCAUUCGUGCUUCUAAGCGUCUCCUUCGCAAAUACCUUGCCAACUGCUCUUCUGAAGAAGUCAGUCUUUGUAUCUCUCAUUUCUUCAACUGCUUGCUUGCUUCUAGCUUCAACCCCAAGCCCUCUCCUAUCGUACCUGAAGGUACCAACAGAAACGAUUUUGAAUGGGCUCAGCUUACGCCUGCUGCCUUGAAGAUUCUUGUUGCUCAACAAGUCUUGCUUCGCUUCCGCUACAAGCUUGAAGACGAUGCUAUUGAGCAGCUUAACUUUAUUCCUGCUCUUCGUGAAAUCUGUAUCCGUGUUGGUGUUCAAGUCAACGCUAGAGACUACCGCGUUGAGCCUUACAGUGAAGAAGAACGUGUUGCUUUUGCUGCUGAAGAUGCCGCUAUUCAAGCUGCCAUUGACCGCAAGAAGCAAGAACAAUCUCACAGCAGCCGUGGUAAGAAGUCCAAGAAGCAAAACGAUGUUCCCAAGAAACCUACUCGUCGCACAACCACCUUUAUACCUGAAGAUAUCUUGAACUUGAUGCCCACAGUCAAGCAAGCUUCUUCCCGAAGCGUCUUUGCUGAAGAGACAUUUGAAGCUGGUAAGAUGAGUAUUGCUCAAGGCCAUAAGCAAUUGGGUCUUGAACUCUUGCUUGAAUCAUUGGCUUUGCACGAACAAACUUAUGGUUUCUUGCAUCCUGAAACCAGCAAGUGUUAUGCCACUUUGGCCAUGAUUUAUCAUCACAGUGAAGAGCGUGAAGCUGCUCUUGAUCUUCAACGCAAGGCUGUUAUUGCUGCUGAAAGAACAUGUGGUGUUGAUCAUCCAGAGACUAUCCAUCAUUACUUGAACCUUGGUUUAUUCGAACAUGCUGCUGGUCGCACUAAGCUUGCCCUUCGUUACAUCCGUCAUGCUUUGUAUUAUUGGGAUCUUUUGGUUGGUCCUGGUCAUCCCGAUUCAGCUACAGCUGAUAACAAUGCUGGUGUUAUGCUUCAAUCACUCCGUGAUUACCCUACAAGUACCAAGUUCUUUGAAAGAGCAUGUACUACUCAAGAAGAAAUUUUAGGAAAAGAUCACGUUCUCACAGCUACAGGCUAUCAUGUUCUUGCAAAGGCCUAUACACUUGAAGGUCACUUUCCUAAGGCUUUGGCUGCUGAAAGAAUCGCUUAUGACGUCUUUGAAAAGAAGCUUGGUCCUGAAGAUCCUCGUACAAAAGAUAGUGAUCUCUGGUUAAAGGAAUUGACUACAAACGCUGUCAUUAUAGCUCAACGUACUCGUGAAGAACAAGCCAAGGCUAAUACCAAGCCUAUUCCUGCACCUGCAAGCAAGAAGGCAAGUCCCCCUGAAAUUCCUCGUGGUGAACUUCCCAUUGAUCAAGUCUUGCAAUAUAUUAACGGUGAAUCAAGCUCUCGAAAAGGCAAGAAGAAGAACCAAAAGAAAAAAUAAAAUCGACUAGAAUAUAUCGUGUAUAGAAUAAAAAUAAUGCAUAAAAA